AUGCGUUUCAAACAGCCCAAGAGAUGUGAUGGGGACCUCCACUUGCUGCUGGCUGUUAAGUCCACUGCUAUCAAUGUAGACAGAAGAGCCGCCAUAAGAAGCACCUGGGGCAAAGAGGGACUCAUCAAAGGGAAGAAAACCAAGCUAGUGUUUCUUCUGGGCCAGUCCAAGGACAGGGUUAAAUCCCAGCCCCUUCAACAGCUCCUGGCCUAUGAAAACAGAGAGUUUGGGGACAUACUUCAGUGGGGCUUUGUGGACAACUUCUUCAACCUGACCCUUAAAGAAGUCAAUUUCCUGUCCUGGUUCACCAGGAAGUGCAGUAGCGCUGAAUUUGUCUUCAAGGGGGACGACGAUGUCUUUGUGAACACGGGCAACAUAGUGGAGUACCUCAGUGAUUUCAGUCCCAAGGAAAAUCUUUUCGUGGGAGACGUCCUUCUUAAUGCUCGCCCCAUCAGGGACACGAAAGUGAAGUACUUCAUCCCGCAGAAGAUGUACAGCCAGAAACUCUACCCACCCUACGCUGGUGGCGGAGGCUACGUGAUGUCUCGAGAGACGGUGAUUGGGUUGGAAGACACAGCACAGGAAAUCGAUCUUUUCCCAAUCGAUGACGUCUACGUGGGAAUGUGCCUUAAGAAAAUGAACGUGACAUUAUCCAUUCAUCCGGGGUUCAAGACCUUCGGGAUCCCGCAUCCGAUCAACCCCUUCGAUCCGUGCAUUUACAAAGAGCUCAUGAUAGUGCACAAACUGAACCCCACGGAGAUGUGGAUCAUGUGGACUUUAGUGAACGACCACAGCAUGAAAUGCUCUAGGUCUCCAAAGUGA